AUGUCCGAUCCGAUAAAUAGAAGCAAGUGCAGUGAACGUGAGGAACCACACAGAAAUAGCAGCAGGAGGAUGGCGCAACGGAGAGAACAGUUGGUGAUGCACCUGACGAGAACCGUUCUAGCGACGGUGCUCCUCACGUUCGUCGUGCGAGUUGACAGUUGGGUGCCAGAUGUCCAGAGCAAGAUACGCAUCCCAUACGAUGCCACCGUGCCGUCCUUUUUCGGUAACAGUACCGAUUACUACAAGUUGCUCGAUCAGAACGAAAACACGUUACUCAUCGGUGCGCGGAAUGCGAUGUACAACAUCACGAUCGAUCAGCUGGUGGAGUUGAGCAACCAGCGGGUAACUUGGCCGUCGUCUGACGCACACCGGGAGCUGUGCACGCUGAAAGGCAAGCAUGAACAGGACUGUCAGAACUAUAUCCGCGUGUACGCACGGGUAAACCCGAACCGGAUAAUGAUCUGCGGAACGAACUCGUUCAAGCCGCUGUGCCGCUUCUACAACAUCCUACCCGGGAAUGGGUCGCUGGUAUAUGACAACAAUGAGAUGGAAGCGCAAGGACGCUGUCCGUACAAUCCGCAACACAACAGCACGUACGUGUACACCGACGGACAGCUAUACGCGGGUACGGUAGCCGACUUUUCCGGUGCCGAUCCGCUGAUCUACCGAGAACCACAGCGCACGGAACAGUUCGAUAGUAAACAGCUGAACCAACCGGCGUUCGUCAGUGCGAUCGAGUACAACGGGUACGUGAUGUUCUUCUACCGUGAAGUGGCGAUGGAGUACAUGAACUGCGGCAAGGCGAUCUAUUCGCGCGUGAGUCGCGUGUGCAAAAACGAUAAGGGAGGCCCGUACCCGUUCCAGGAUAAGUGGACAUCGUUCCUGAAAACACGUCUAAACUGUUCCAUCCCCGGAGAGUACCCGUUCUACUUUGAUGAGCUACAAGCUACAACGAACACCAUCAGCGGCACGUACGGAGGAAUGCGCAACAAAAUCAUAUACGGCAUCAUGACAACACCAGAAAACGCGAUCGGAGGUUCAGCGGUGUGUGCCUUCUCGGUGGAGGACAUUAUGGAAGCGUUCGAAGGUCCCUUCAAAGCCCAGCGUGAUAUACACUCCAACUGGCUACAGGUGCCACCGAGUUCGGUUCCAGAGCCACGUCCUGGCAAGUGUGUUGACGAUAGCCGCACCCUGCCAAAAGCGCUGGUAAACUUCGUGAAAACGAACAAUCUGAUGGACAAUUCGGUGCCCUCGCUACACUCACGACCAGUGUUCACACGCGUCAGUCUCUACUAUCGUCUAUCGGCAAUUGCAGUCGAUCCGCAAGUGAAAGCGCUCGAUGGUAACCGAUACGAUGUGAUCUUCGUCGGUACGAACGAUGGCAAGGUGAUCAAGUUCGUGAACAUACUAUCGGCAAACAGUUCGGACGAUGUGCGAACGGUAGUGAUUAGUGAAACGCAAGCAUUCUCACCCGGAACGAAAAUUAACGAGAUGACAAUCUCGAAGAAAAACUCUGCCCUGAUCGUGAUUAGCAGUGGAAAGAUCAUUUCGCUUCCGCUUCACAACUGCAACGAGCAUAGCUUUAAGACCUGCCGGAAGUGUUUGGAGCUGCAGGAUCCGUACUGUGCCUGGGAUGAUUUGAAUCGGGACUGUAAACCGAUCGAAGAUGUGCAUGCGUCCGGUGCAUCAAUCGAUCAGUUCUAUCAGCGCUUGGAUGGUGAACGUAUCGGUGAGAUCUGCCGGAAGUACGAUCACCAAGAGCCGACGGUUCAUACGUACGAAGACAAUGAUGUGUAUACGCGGAUCGAUGGAUCGGGUGCCGUUGAGAAACCGGACAAAUCGUUCGACCAGCGUAAUGUGCUGAUCGUACACUCAAACCACGGUACGGUAUCAUCGGUUGGGCCGGAAGAUAUCGACAACGAGAUAUCGAUGUCGUCGAUGGAAGGUGACGAGCUAACUAACCGGAUCAUCAACACGCAUCAGUACCAUCAUAAGCCGGAUACAUUCGUAAAGGAAAACUUACGAUUCGCGGCCGGCAACUGGUCCAUAUUUGUGUUGAUUCUGUUCUUGACUGCACUGGUCGGAAUGGGGGUGGGAUAUAUGCUCACGCGAAAAAUGAGUAAAGGACAGGCAUGCGAACAUCGCAAUCAGUGGCAUAGCGGGAAAAGCCUUUCGAUGCUUUCACAGAACCGCACCAACGGUAAAGAUGUGAAUCUGCUCAUGAACACCACGAAUCAGUACCAUACACAGCAGCAAGCGAUCGUGCAACAGCUACAGCAGCACCAUCAAAAUAACUGCAAGGAUAAUAUCGAUUUCGAUUACAAGGAUCGAAGCGUUGAAUGUAAAAACUCGACGGAAAACCUCGAGAAGGACAUCAGCAAAGGCAUGGGCACGCUGCAGAAGACGCGCCACUUGAAGACAUUUAAACCGUAG